GGCCAACGUUGUCUUGCAGCCUCGCUUUGUCAGUACAUCUAACGAAAUCGAAGCAUCAAUGAAACUUGAAGUGUACGUUUUCCCGGAUCCUGAGAUGAGGCAGGAGUGGGAAGAAGACGAUGGUCGGAUGGAGAAUUGGUGGUUGGACCAGCUGGAGAGAACUUGGGAAAAAAUCCCAAGAUAUUAUGGCAUCAUUCACAGUCUUGAGGUACCCAUGGACUUGGUGGCGAAGUUCAUGGCGUAUCUCGGAGAGCAUUUUUACGCAAAUAAUGAAUCACGGCUCCAUCAGGUGUUGAGAGAAUUCCUCAAUUUUCUCCGGCUGGUUCACCGUGAGGAUGAUGGAGAUGCUGCCUCACACUCACGCCAUUGA